AGAGAUAGAAGGAAUUGUGUAAACAUGCCACUGCAGGGAUAUACUAGUGAUAUAGGAACGUGGUUGUGGGGUGUUUGUCCACCAGGGGGCACUGCAGCCCUAAGAACGAAUUGACAGCUCUAAUUUUAUUGAUUUUUAAAUUAACGUUUAUUUUAUUUAUUUAACAUUUAUAUGCAGCUCUUCCUCCGAGGAGCUCAGAGCGUUGGACAUGGUUAUCUUUAUUCUCACCACAACCCUGUGCGAUAGGUUAGGCUGAGAGAGACAUGACUGGCCCAGCGUCACCCAGCUGGAGAGAAAUCCAUAAAGGGAAAGGGAAAGCUCUUGAGCAUGUGCAGGCAGUGCUUGGUCCCAGCUUGGCCAGAGAAAUGCAGACAUGCUGUAGGACUGGAAGGCGGCAUCUCAGCUAGAGGCACCGGAGGCCUUUUUGACCACAGUGCUCAUCCGAGCCAUACCGGGGCAUUGCCAUGUGCCAAAGAGGUGUGAGGUUCUUGGGCUGCCUUCUGGUCCUGCAGCUGACAAUUACUAUGGCAGGAGGCCGCCGGUGCUCCGCCAAGAACUUUGGGGCGGAUACCAUGGUGUGCGAAUGCAACGCCACUUACUGCGAUGUGCUGGAGCCCGUCUUUCUUUCUCCUCGAGGCCAUUUCAUCAAGUACGAGAGCGACAAGGCCGGCCGGAGGUUGGAGCGGAGCGCGGGCCAGCUGCUCAGCCACCCUCCCCAGAAUGGAGGUCUCCUUUUGAGUCUCAAGGCCUCCGAGAAGUACCAGAAGCUCAAGGGCUUUGGAGGCGCCCUCACGGACUCGGCUGCGCAGAAUAUUCUGUCGCUGUCCCCGAAGGCCCGGGAGCAUCUUCUCAAAUCCUACUUUUCCGCAGAAGGGAUCGAGUACACCUUGGUGCGUGUGCCCAUGGCAAGCUGCGACUUCUCUCCGAGGCUGUACACGUACGAUGACAUGGAGGACGACUUUGAGCUGAGCAACUUCAGCCUGGCGGAGGAGGACACCAAGCUGAAGAUCCCUAUCCUCCAGCAGGCCCAGGCAGUGGCCUCCAAGCCGCUGCUGCUCUACGCAAGUCCCUGGACCGCUCCGGUGUGGUUGAAGACCAACGGAGCCAUGACCGGCCGUGGGACCCUCAGGGGGAAACCAGGGGACAAAUACCACAAGACAUGGGCCAACUACUUCAUCAGGUUCUUGGAUGAAUACGCCAAACAUAACUUGACCUUCUGGGCCGUGACGGCAGGGAACGAGCCCACGGCUGGAGAAAUCCUCUUCUACCCAUUCCAGUGUCUGGGCUUCACGCCCGAGCACCAGCGGGACUUCAUCGCCAAAGACCUGGGGCCCGCCCUGACCAACAGCUCCCACCAGGGUAUCAAACUCAUCAUCCUGGAUGACCAACAGUUGCUCCUCCCCCACUGGGCCGAAGUGGUCCUCAAGGACCCAGUGGCUUCCAGCUAUGUUAGCGGGAUUGGCAUCCACUGGUACUUGGACUUCCUGGCCCCGGCCUACCAGAUGCUGUCCUUGACUCACCAGCUCUUCCCCGGCUACUUCCUCAUCUCCACGGAGGCCUCGGCGGGGUUCAUGUUCUGGGAGCCUAGGGUGGUCCUAGGAAGCUGGGACCGAGGCAGCCAAUACAGCAACAGUAUCCUGAAGAGCCUCAAUAACUACGUCACAGGCUGGACCGACUGGAACCUGGCCCUGGACCUGGAAGGCGGCCCCAACUGGUGCCAGAACUACGUGGACAGCCCCGUCAUUGUGGACGCCGCCCGCGACGCCUUCUACAAGCAGCCCAUGUUCUACCACAUGGCGCACUUCAGCAAGUUCCUUCCUGAAGGCACCCAGCGUGUCGGCAUCUAUAGCAGCUGGAGGACCGCCUUGGAAUAUUCCGCCUUCCUGCGUCCGGAUGGUUCAGCGGUUGUGGUGGUCUUGAACAGGUUUCAGGAGGACAUCCCGUUUGGCAUCUCGGACCCUGGCGUGGGUUACAUCGAGGCAGUGGCCACUGCCGAUUCCAUCCAGACCUACCUCUGGAAGCGGCCCAUGGGGGGCCCAGAGGAGCCUGGCCUGAGCCUCCAGCACCAGGAGCAGUGACAACGCAGUGCUGAAAUGCUCUGUUCCCAUGAGAAGGGUCGACCGUGGCAGGCGGGGAGCGGGGCUGGUGUGGGGAUGGGUCUACUCCGUGGAGAGGCCUGCAUGAAGCUUCUUUUGUACGGCCACAAAGAGGGCUUGCCCUUCACUUCAUCCCGCCCAGGAGGAGCUGGGUUAACAUUUUGGAGAAUGCCCUUAAAAGCCAGGGGGAGCCCAACUCCUCGUCAUCAAGAAAGGCGCCUAGGGACUUUGUGUGUGUGUGUGUACGGGGUGGUAUAUAUACGUACUCAAUAAAACCGAUCAAUAAUCAA